AUGAUCUAUCAGCAAAGCUUUGAAGCCAUCCAUCAAAUUCUCGGCAAGGAUCAGGCGCGUGCGUGGAAACAGACGCUGAAGACUUCAUUCCUUCAAAGCCACUGGCUCCUUCCCUAUCCACAUGGUCAUGGGUUCAUGCGCAAGUCCAAGGACACGGGGCAGGAGCCUGGAAAGCUCUUACCGGCGGAGUAUAUUCAACACCAUCCUACUACCAGCUGGGGUCACUUCUAUCCCGAUCACCGGUACAUGGAGCGUGGCAUGGAACCGGAGAUGGAUCUUGUUCGGCUUUCUGACGGGGAUUUAUAUGAGAAGUUGGUACAGAUUGCCGAUCGCUUUUCCCAGAAUCCUUAG